UGUGGCCAAGUGGCCACGCUUCUCCGAGUGAGAAAUAAGGUGGAUUGCAGUAUAUGAUCUUUUCGAUCGGUUUUCAAACAGAUAGUAACAUAUUAACCAUGUUUUUUACAGUAAAAAAAAAAAAAAAAAAAAACCUGUAUCUGCCUGAAUAUUCUCCUUCAACCUCGCCCCUUGCUCCUCUACAUCAAUUCUCGAUCCAUUGAAAAGAUAAUCUUACGCACCCAUCAGCCAUGCCAGAAACAAAACCUCAUCGGCACCUGAGUAUCGUGCGAUUGAUUUAUGGAAAAGAAUGAGGCGUUUCCUACCAGCAAUGAAAGGGGCUAAGGGCGUAUCAUGUGUUGGAUUGCGAUAUUCCGGUGUAAUAUCCCAAAUAAUCUUUCUUCCUUUCUUUCUCGUAAUCUCCUUCUCCCUGUUUAUAAACUCCUGUGCCUGCCUGAAUCCUCUCCUACUGCCUCGCCCCUUUCUCCUCUUCAUUAAUUCUCGAUUCCUUGAAAAGAGAAUCUUAUACACCGAUCAGUCAUGACUACAGAAGAGAAACCUCCUCGACGCCUGUUUUUAUUUUUAUUUUUAUUUUUCACUAGUAUUAAAUCCAGAAAUUAAUUAACUCUGGGUGCCUGAAAAUGCUAUUGUCUGAAAUUAACCCCGAUUGGUAACUAAAGAAAGCCGCACCUUAAGGUACCCAUCGGAGUUAAUUUCAGACAGCAGCAUUUUCAGGUUUCUAUACGAGUUAAUUGAUUUUUAGAUUUAAUACUAGUAGUUUUCUUCUUGGUUAGUUUCUUGACUUUUUUAAUUUUUAAUUUGUAUUUUAGUACAUGAUCAAAUUAAUGAAAGAGAGAGCCCAUGAACACUCGCCGGCCCAUGAAAUUGAGAGUGGCAACCAUGGAGAUGGAGAUGAAACGCCUGAAGAAGUCUCACAAGAAAGAAAGAGCGGAACUGAGAGAUUGAUGUAGUCAUCCAUGUGAGGCUGAACUUUUAUUGUAAGAAAUGGCCCACAAUCGAACGAAAGUCGAACGCAUGGCCCCAAAAUGGAACGAAAGUCGCACGCCGAUCUGCCAAUGAUGUCGACAGGAAAGGCAUAUCGAAUCGAUCGAUAGCAAGAAGAGAAAUAAAAAAUGCAGACAGAGUCGAACGAUUCCGGAGGAUAAUGCAUUUUUUAUUGCUCCACAUCCAAACCCGAAGCUUUUGUCGUCAGCGUACUGUUUAAUCUACUCAAUCAAUUAUCAACAGACAAAAUUUUCUAUUCAACUUUAUCUUUCAUAUAUAAUUUGGUUCUGGUUGAGUUUCUCAACCAAGGAUCUUUAGCGGUCAUAUAUUGAGAGAACUAGCUAGAGCUCUUACUACAGACGUUUCAAAUGAGGAAUCAGGAACGAAGAGCAAGUAAGAGGUUGGAGGCGAAGAUGGAGGAGCUGCAGUCAGAAAUGGAAGCCAUAAACGAGGAACAAUCAAGAUUAAGACAAGGACAAAGGGAAAUGAAACAACACUUUGAAAAGAUCAAAGCGGAGUGUGCACAGCUGAGACAGGAGACCAGCCUCCUCCUCCAGCAAAAUCUAGGCUCCCAGCUUCGCCUUAUUGCCAGCAAACGUUGUUCUACCUAACAAACAUCUUGCAAAUUAAUUAGAGCUCAUGAGUUUUGCCUUUGCCAUGUGUUGCUGUGUUGAGUCAAUUAUCCAUAUAUGUGUCACCCUUAAUUGUGUAUUUCCUAUACUAAUUGUUUUGAGAUCUGCCUUAAUAAAUGAAAAAAUCAUGCGUUU